CGUCCUCGAUAUCGAGCGCGCGAUGGCGUCGUUCGCUGACGGGGUCGAUGCCCUGGACGGCCCCAUCGAGGAAGCACUGUCGUUAGCAGAUGGGCUUGUCGGAAUGGUAGAUGUGAUCCUCGAGAAGUUAAUUUGUAUUGGUAUGGCUGUGUGGCUGUAUCUAAAACCUCACCAAAUAGGCAUCCACCCUUCAAACACAUAUGGAUUGGGCAUCAAGGCUUACGAGGUGCACAGGCUGGGGGCUAAGAUCGUGAGGGACAAAUUUAGUUUCGCGGCAACGGCUGGUUCAGUUUGCAUCGAAGGUAAGAAUGGCACGAUUGCGCAGUAUACCCAGGAGUUUCAGAGAUCGUCGAAUCUGUUUGGCAAAUCCCCGCCCGAAUCGAUUAUCGCAGGGAGCGUGAGCUCUGGGCAUGCAAAUCAGUUCCUGGUGGCUUGCUUAGAGAGAGUUGAGACGAAGGAGAAAACGUUGUCCGACAUCGACGGUCGCAUCAACACGGGGCAGUUCCAAAGCAACGAUAAACAAUUGGAAAAGGCACUUGACACUUGGCUGAGGUGGUUGAUGGUGAAAAAGGAGGCAGAGGAACGCUGGCCAAAACUUCCAGGUUUGAUCCAGUCGGCAAAGCAGGCGACGGGCCAGGUGCAGAGUGAAGAAACGCAUUUCGAGCUCUUGCUUCACAUCCAGGCCAUUGCAUCCGAGCAGGGGCGCGACGGGUCCGUAAUCGACUGGGCGAGGGUGAAGACCGAGGCGAGCAAAUCGGAAUCGAAGUACGUUGACGAUAUCCGCACAUGCGCUGACUUCGUGGCGAAAUAUGGUGGGGGGUCCCAGGGCCAGUUCAUCGAGGACCUCGUGCAGUUCGUGUCAAGGUGCGCGCCCGCUGGGCGCCUGGUGGGCGGGUACGUGUUCGAGACAUUGUGCAAGGCAAAGCUCGCGGCGACGGAGUUUGUGACCCGCUCAGAGAUCGCGUCCCUCUUCGCUAGCACGGAGGCGAGGUCUAAAGCGAUGGCAGCAGAGAAGGCCUUGCGGCAUCUUCACAGCGUUUCCAGGCAGAUCGAUACCGAUACGAUUGAACGCAUUCCGAUCAUAGGUAAGGCCGACCAGUUGAUAGCAAUGGUGUUGUUAGGGAAACGGGUGGAUGAGCGAUACGCAAACAUCGAGUGCGUCGCUCACGAGUGCAUCGAGGCAUUGAAGGCGAAUCAAAAUGGUACCAUCGAGAUCGACAAUCCGUAUACCUGCCAGUCGGCCCAGCACGACAGCGGUGCCGAUGGGGACUCCGUCAAGCAGACCCCCUUCAGUGGCAUGCUGCAGUGCGACGCCAGCACGGGGGAGCUGGCGAACGCUAACAUCUGCCUCUUGGAGCAGAGAGGGUUUAAGGUUGAUGACACCAUCAGGCUGAGGAAGGUGAUGCAGAAUGGCUCCUUGCACCACAUCGUUAUUCGGUGCCCCAUUCCAAAGUCCAUUGAGAAGUACUGCUUUACUACAACCAAGAAAGGGUUGCUCGCUGGGUGGCCAGAUGACGCAGCUUCUAAAUCUACCGAUCUCGUCGCGAUCAACAUCAAGUCAGCAAUUGCUAUGGCCAUGAUAUCUUUGACGUCGAAAUUCGAGGUCGAUGGGGGCGAUCUGAUGGCAGUCAGCAAACCCAACAUGGGCAUUGUCUCUAGGAAGAAGUUCCAGGCGAAAAAGUUGAUCAUCGUGCCGACGGCUCUGACCGUCAAGCAGUGCGGCGAGAGCGAUCGCCCCUACUUCGAUGUGCCCAGCCCUGAUGAGAGGAUCGCGGGGCCCUUCGCCCUCUCGGACCCUGGCGCUAAAGCGCCGAGCCUUGCUUUCAAGAUGAGGCACGUGGACAGCACGGAGUCGACGAAGCCGAAUUGCGCCAUCACUAAGCACUCGGUGGCCGUAUCUGUGGGCAACGCUAAAGUGUACGAUAUCAAGAUCCCCGUAGUCACCAACGUCAUGGCUCUGAACGUUGGAGACGAGCUCACGCUUCCCAAGGUCGCGACCGCUGCCCCGCGGAAGAGGCCCACUCCGCCGACCAUCGAGGUGUCCACCAUGAAGAAAGUAGCGCGCAGCAGGACAUGGAAGAAACGAUUCAGGUCGAACCACGACGAGAUUCAGGGCACCACAGCGACGGUACAUGGUCCGACCAUGGGCGACAUCAAGGGCAUCCCUGUCAAGGUCAUUAUCGACAGGCCUGGGGCCCCCCGGUAUGUGCAGCUGGAGGAGGACCUCGUGAUGUACUUGAAGGCGUGCUGCGAGGUCGAGAUCAAGUCGGGAAUCGUCCACGGGCAGCAUCCGUCCGAGAAGGUUCCUGCUGAGCUCAAGGUCGACACUGAGGAUUAUCCUGGGCUGAGCUUCUCUUACACCAAGAGCCAGUUCGUGCUGAAACGUACAGGCGAUGACGGCCGUGUGAGCGUGAGGUACAGGACAGCGAGCUCCGCGGCGGAGGCGAUGCAGUUGUUCGAAUCAGCUCAGGCAGGUGAGGACUCUCAGAGCAAUGCUGGCACCUCCGACGGCGUUGCCGCCGACGACGAGAAAGACCAGCUUGUCGAAGUCGAGGACGACAGAGUUUCGUGA